UCCGCCCUUUUGCGAAAAGCAGUCCUCCGCUCGCUUUGUCACAGGGGGAGAGCGAAAAAAGAGCAGCGUUGAAAGUUCCUUUUCUUUUUUUUCGCUUAUAAAAUCUCCAAAAUCUCCAUAUAUUUUAUACUAAGCAAGAAAGAAUCCAAGAAAAAGGAAAGAAGGUAAAAGAGGCUUCAGGGAAAGAAAUCUAAGUCCAGAAAGAAUCAGUUCAAGAAUCUAUACCUGGAUCGGGGCAAUGACACUUGAUUUUAGAGAGCAAAUGCAGAAUGAGGCAGUUCGUUUUGUGACAUAAAACGUGAGCUUUGCUUCUAGUAAAUUCUCAAAUUACAAGAUAAGAGCGAAUAAUAUACUUGUCGAGCCCAACAAAGGGCCUGAAGCACCAUCCUUGAAAGAUAUUGUUGCAAAAGAGACUGCUGAGCUACUAGAGCAGCGUCAGCGUCUCUCUGUUCGUGACCUGGCCAAGAAAUUUGAGAAGGGUCUGAAUACUGCCACGAAGUUGUCUCAUGAGGCCAAGCGGAGAGAAGUGACUGACCGACAUGUCCUUCUGAAGAAAUUGCUGGUUGUACUUGAAUCACUAAAGGGUCACAUGGUGGGCCAAAAUAAAGAUGAAGUUGAGGAGGCAAUGUCCAUGGUGGAGACUUUGGCAGAUCAGCUGGUUCAAAGAGAAGGAGAGUUGCUUCAUGAGAAAUCAGAGGUGAAAAAGUUAGCAAUCUUGCUUAAAAAGGCUUCUGAAGAUGCCAAAAAAGUGGUUGAAGAGGAAAGAGCUUGUGCUCGUGCAAAAAUUGAGAGUGCUACAGCUGCAGUGCAGAGAGUUUUACAAGCCUUUCAUGAACAUGAAAAAUUAUCUAGAAGCCAAGAGAAGCAGCUUCGGCUAAUAUCUCCUCUAAUUGCACCAACCAUGAAUCAUGGACAUCAUAUUUUAAGAUUCCAGGGUAAGAAAUCAAAAAGAAAAAAAGGAAAAUAAAGGUGUGCAUGUCCC